CUAUCGGGAUUUGGAGAACAGUGGUCUCCAUGGUCGGCAAGUUCUGCAUCUCUGUCACUUUCAGCUUAAUAUAUCUCUAUUCUACUGAAGUGUUUCCAACACCAGUCAGAGCUGUCGGUGUGGGUGUCUGCUCCAUCGCAUCUCGUAUUGGAGGCAUCCUCUCUCCCAUCAUCCUGCUCUUGAAGUACACCUCCCCCGACCUCCCUCUGAUACUCUUCGGCUCCAGUGCCGUCGUAGCGGGUCUCUUGGUGUUCCUGUUGCCGGAGACGAAGGGCCAAACACUGCCACAGACGCUGAAGGAGGGAGAAGAAAUCGGAAAGUGUCGAUGUCUGCGCAGGAGUGACGAUGACCAGUCGGUCAUUGACCUCUACGAGACCAACGUGAAUAAAGACAGCGCCACUACAACUGCAGACCUUGACUCCAAUUAAAAGAGAAAGGGGACUAUAAACGUGUCAUACCAUGGAGCUAGGUGAUCCUAGCUCCAUAGUCAUACCAAGAGAGUUGUUGGCUACUGUAUGACAUUUAUCUUUGGUGUGGGCCAAAAGACCGUGUCCUUUUUCAGUUGUCUGAAGCUUCCUGGCGCCUCCCACAGUUUGAAAUAAAUGUCUGACGACGAAUUGUGCGCGGGAACCAGUGAUGCAUUCCCAACUCUGAAACUACAAAGCUCCUAGAUGGUUACAGUUUACCAUUGUUUCAUGGUGGGAAGGUGAUAUUUCCCCAUAAGUUCUAGGUUUGACAUUGACCUUUCAGAACUUGAACUGAUUAUAAAUUUGGCGCGUUUUUUUUUUCAUUUUUCCUUUUCUGAGUGUAAUGUUUGUUUGUCGUUUGAGUGUUUAGCGUCAAAAUUCUACGUUUUUAUCUUGAUGUAGCCUAAGUUUUGUAAAUGGUGAUGCUUUUUAGUUUUCUGUGUGGUGCUUUAAUUUUUAUGGGCAUUUGUACAGAAAUUAAAUUGUAUUAAAAUGUUAAUCCUAUGUUUGAUGGUUUAUGAUUUCUUAGGUGAAGCUUCUAUCCAUAAUGAUGAUAGAUUGAAAGUGAAUGCGUAAAUUUGACUUUAAACGGCGGUUUCACAUCAGGGUUUAAACGCAUGUAACAUACCUUUUGUACAUUUCUUACUUUGAAAGAAUAAAUCUACAUCUUCCUACCAGUAUUUUCAUUACUUUAAGAGCAAUGUCCAUGUUUUUGUUUGACGCAGCCUGUAUAUGAAUCAAAGGUUAGCCAAAGGUAAACAAAUUAACAAAUAUGGUAUAUAACAAAUAUGGUAUAUUCAACACAAGAUAAUUGUCCAAUUACAUGAUAUACAAAUGUACGCGAAACGCGCAAAGUCUGAAACAAAUACAACUUAGUGUACACAAACUUUAUAGGGUUGUCUAAGGGGCGUGGCUAACUCACAAACGGCGAUAGGUCAAAUUGACUCGAAACGAGAUUAAGAAGAUCAAAUCAAAUACUAUACAUGCCAAGCUCUUCAUGAUGUAUCUGUUGGUCUAUGAUUGCGUAUAGGUACAAAAUUGCUGUCGAGAUGUAACUAUUAAAGAAAUACUGAGUGACAUGAGAAAAGUGACAUACAAAUCAGACGAACUCAACAGAUUACAGAAUGACCAAAUUAACGGAUGAGAGAAAGGAUAGUUGUUCACGUGCGUUUUUGGUCUUGUUAUUGCGCACACAUUUUCGACAUUUCUAGUCGCAAAAUAAAAAAACAAAGGUUUUGUAACGUAACGUCACGAGUGCACCAUCAUAAAGAUCCCUCCAUGAUUGUGGUAAUCAUGUAUGAAACGAAUACAAAAACUCUCAAGUUAUGCAAUACCCACUGCUCGUUUAUUAAUGCUGAUCUAUAAAUUGCCUCAAACGCGUUGGUUUUGUUUUUGCAAGAGACGUGCUUUACCACUGUGCAAAACUUGCAAACCAAGUUGACUUUUACAAGGCCUAGUAAAUAUCUUGUAUAAAUGUGGGUCACACGUUCAGUCGUCACGUGGUCACAUCUGCAUUUUUACAAUAGUUUGAUUAACUCCAAAGGUUACUUCUCGUUAUCUUAAAACCAAUUUAAAGGCACAAUACAGCGAUAACAAAAUGGUCAGGUCAAAUAACGUGUCCAGUUUGCAAUUUGUCAAAUAGGUCAAUUGUACAUACUUGAGUGGUAGGGCGGUGCUGCUUUUAGGUGCCAGUGCCGAUCUGUUCGAGUUAGUGGUACGCCUAUUUCUGGUAGAACAGUAACAACGACAGUAACAGCAACGACAACGAACAACAACAUAACUAAAUAAACAAACAAAAUGAAGCUCGAGAACAUUAUUCCUAUGCUCGGCAACUUUGGCCGAUACCAAUUGUUAGUUGUUACCUACGCUGCUUUGCACAACAUCUUCGGUUGCUUCACAACUCUGGGCAAUGUGUUCUACGCAGCGGAGACCGACCACUGGUGCAACGUUUUGAACAACGCGAAUUGUUCCAACUGGGCGGAGUUUCAAGACAACUGCACUGACGUGAAGAAGUCCAUCUUCCUGCCUCCUCCUGAAAAUGGUUCCGACAGCGAGUAUCCUUACUCCAAUUGUAAGCAGUGGCAGCUACCAGAUGGGUACAUAUUUGAUCCGUACGUACCGCUCAGUUACUACGACGGUUUCACUAAUGUGAGUGUGCCCUGCAAAGAUGGAUGGGAGUACGACACGUCACAGUACAAGACCACCACAAUCAUGGAUUAUGGUCUGGUGUGUGAUGACGCUUACCUGCCCAGCCUGGCGCAGUCCAUCUACUUUGGCGGUUUCUUGGUAGGAUCGUUCAUCGGAGGUUCCUUUUCAGACUGGUUUGGUCGCAAGAAGGUCGUUAUAUUCUUCCAGCUGUUGUGGUGCGCCUCUUUCAUAACAACUACGUUUUCAGUUAACAUCUACAUGUACAUAGCCUUCCGCGUUAUGUCGGCAUUGGGCGUUCUGGGAAGCUACGUGGGACUGUACGUGUUAGUUCUUGAAGUCGUUGGGAAGUCUUAUCGCACGGCAGUCACCAUGGCCUUAGGGAUAUUUUUCGCCAUAGGCUAUUUCUUCAUUGCGACGGCGGCCAUGUAUCUUCGACAAUGGCGCUCUCUGUCGAUGGCCCUCUCCAUAUCGUCAGUGGUUCUUUUGAUACCGCUGUUCUUCAUCCAGGAGUCCAUCAGAUGGUUGGUAUCCAAGGGCAGGAUUGAUGAGGCUGAGAAGGUCAUCAGGAAAAUUGCCAAGAUGAACAAGAAGACUUUGCCUGAUGUCUUAUUCGAUAAAGAGGACAUACAGGCAGAGACGGAAUCAAAGGAGUCGGCAAUACCACCAUCCGUCAUUGAUCUGUACAAGACCCCCAACAUGGCGGUCAAGACACUCAAUAUGCAGUGGAACUGGUUUGUCAAUAGUCUGGUGUACUACGGCCUGUCGCAGAGCACCAACGAUCUAGGAGUCGACGACUACUGGGCUUUCUUCGUGUCGGGAGCCGUGGAAAUCCCGGCCCUGCUGUACGCCACUUUUGGACUGGAGUGCUUCGGCCGGAAACUGAACUUGGGAAUAUUGGAGUUGAUUGGCGGCGUGGCUUGCUUGGCUACUAUCUUUAUUCCCAAAGGGAUCUGGAGGAUUGUUGUGGCUAUGAUCGGCAAGUUCUGCAUCUCGGCCACGUUUUCCAUCGUUUACGUCUACACUGUGGAGCUAUUCCCAACCCCAGUGAGGGCGGUUGGCUUGGGCGUGAGUUCGGUCGCCUCUCGUGUGGGUGGCAUUUUGUCACCCAUCAUUCUGCUCUUAGAUAAAACCGUGGCUAACCUGCCGAUGUGGCUGUUCGGCUCCAGCGCAAUCUUGGCGGGAACUCUGGCGUUCUUUCUGCCAGAGACAAGAGGCAAAAAACUGCCGCAAACGCUGGAGGAAGGAGAAGCAUUUGGAAAAUGUCGUUGUAUGGGUGGACAAGCUUUCAACGACGAGUCCAGUGUGGAACUUGAUGGCAUGGACACAGCAAAAGAGGGCGUCUUUGCGAUAUCCAACGCUGUCUUCGAUCACAAGGAGGAGGAGAAGGAAUAUCGCGACUUCUCGCAGCAAUUCACGCGUAAACUUCAAGAGUCCUCCCACAUGUGAAAGCACAACAUGCUUCGUUAAAGACCAACUGCUUAUUGUGGUUGUAGACUUUAUUCCCGAGUCGGCCAUAUUAAAUUGAAAGCGAUGUAAACUGUUCAUUUUUGGAACUUGCAAGUUGAAAUGAAAGUAAUGCAAUCAAAGUUCAUCACCAAUCGAUACCAGUCUGUUCUGAUGAAUAAUGUCAAAUUUGUGAUUAAACAUGCCAUAAUGUUUUAAGCCAAAAUAGUCUGGCACCAUCCCAUUCAACGGAUUAUAAUUUAUAAAAUACAUUCCAUUGGCUUCCUCGUGAAUAAGUUGUAUGUACUCAAGAAUCUAAUUCUAAAGACAUGCUUUUAUCUAUAUAUACUAUAUCUACUAAACUGGUGGAUAUAAACUGAAAAGAAAAUAUAAGCUAUGUCGAUUUGAUCACUGCCAUGUAAUUAUCAUGUACUUUAUGAGGGAAAUCAUACAAUGUUUUCAUUCAGUGUUUUUUUAUGAGGAAACACACUUUCGGGUUUUUUUUUAAAGAAAAAUCUUCGUUAUAAAGUCGGCCGGUUGUGAAUUAUGGAUCAUUGAUAUCUGUGUAUCCUUUUUAUUAUAAAGUUCAUUAUAAAGCUUUCUGUAAUGGAGUAUGCUCACAUUUUAGACAAAUAUAUUGGUAUAAAAUGACUAAAUACGUAUAAUAUAGUGUUAUGAUAUAAGUGUAUAUAUUAAUUAACAGCAUAGUACAAGAAAGUAUUGAUAUAUUCAAACACAAUAUUUAAUGAAGUAAGUGUAUAUUAUAGUUGGUUAUUCCCCGUUUUUAAUGAUUGUAGGUGUCGUUGAUUGUACUUAUUUUUCUUCGGUCUCUGAUGACACAGCACUAAAAUUUUAUUGAGAAACAUCAUUAUGUACAAAAUAUGACCAUAUCUUAACUGAAAGGACUUCUUUAUUACUUGCUCCGACUAAUGAGUAGCGGUCAUGGCCUGUCCAGUUUGUAUGCUUGCCAUGACAAGCAAACUGACUAAAGUUGUGAUGUUUUCAAUUUCCUUAAGCUAUAAUUAAAAUAAAUAGGGCGCCCUCACAGACUUUGCCUUUGAUUCCAUACUGUUAACAAAAAUAACUAUCGGAAACCCUUUACAUCUAAAAACGACGAUGAUACGUUGAUAAGAGAAACAUCUAGAUCAGUUUUUUUUUUUAAAGCACUAUUUUUAGGGCAAUCGUGAUUAUCCUUGUUUACUUUUACCACUUCAAAUGUAUGCUUAUCAGACUAUAACAUCAAAGGUGGACUGACUGUUGAUGGAGACAACAUGAAACUAUGUGACAUAAUCAUGGCAAAUGAGAACUAAUAAUCAGUCUUUAAUGCAAUUAAUAGCUUAAAGAUAUACCAGCGGCCCGAAGUCUUGUCUGUCCUGUCGCAUGCCAUUUGUAGUUGUUUUAGCAAAAAUAUCAGCACAAGGGUUUUCUCUGUAAUACAUCCAUUAUAAUCUGAUCAUUAAUAGAAGGCUGUUCACAUCCACGCUCCCAAAAGAAGAAUAGAAACUCAUAUCCCGCCGUUCAUAGCGUUCAUAAACUAAAAUUUGAAGAGAAAAACCCAGUUCAUUCUGAGCUGUUAUAUUGUGAUUUUGCUUUUUAAGAUACAGUUGAAGUGUGCUUCGCGAUGUCAUAUAGGCAGACUUAUCUGAACAAGGCACUGUCUACUUUCUAGAUAUCUCGAAAAUAAUGUUUCGUCAAUUGUAAUUCUCAAGUUCAUUUUUUGUUUAUAUUUCCCACAAAAUACAUUGAGUAUAUAAGCCUGGAUUGGCAAAGUAUUACAGUGUUCAAGAACCGUUGUCAAAAACUAUAAACCCAAAGUUAAACGCCAUGCUUUAUCGUGUGAGGGUUCUAUAAUAUGUCGGAGUGCCGUUUCAAAGUUGACACCAAAGAUGACGAAAUGGAGUUUGUUGUGUGUUAAACUGAAAUGGUAUUUAAACCUCGAAGUUGGUGGCCCGCGAUUGUUUGAAACUUGGAAAUGGAUUUACUCUAGUACUUUCAGAUAAACGUAAACUAUUCACAUAUAAAAACUCACCUCAGAACACUCUCAUAACCAUGAUAACUGGCAUUUAUCAUAACAUUUAUUUUAAAACCUGCUGCUUCCAAUGUUAAAAUAACAUGCUUUAUAUAUCAAGAGUAUAUAACAUAGUCUUGCCCUACCUUCUACUUGGUUACCCCGGAUACUUAUGGGAUUGAUUAUUCUGACAUCUUUUCAGGAAACGACAUGGUUUUAUAUUAACUGAAAUAUCACGUAGCUUAAUGUGAUCCGGCGUGGACAAGGUAAACAAAAAUGGUG